AGUCUGAGCGAGAGCGGCAUGUGGGCGGUGGGAAAAGUGGAAUGGCUACAGGCGAUGAGGGCAGCCGGGAACGAACGCAGAGGCCCACAAAGUGGGAGAUCCCGCGGGUUGCGUAGGCUGUGGAAUGGAAGCUAGAGACAGAGAACAGCCAAUGGAGAGCCUCGCGCGGGAUGACGAUAUAGCUGCAGCGAGCCAAUGGGAAAGCUUGUCUGAAGCCAGUCUUGUAGAGGGCUGGAAUGGACGUUGGACAACUAGAACCCUGGGCUUUGCAGGGUGCUGGCAGCUGGAAGUCUCCACCAUGGCCUGUCAGGAGAAGCCCCUGGGGGCUGGUCUACCAUGCUGACCAGUGGUUGGAUAGAGUGCCUGCUGAGGUCAAGAAAUGCAGCCACCUAUUCCCGGACAACCUAAAAACCUCACAAGCUUCAAGUCUCCAAGGACUCUCCAAAUCCCAGGAUCUCCCUGUCAUCACAUCCUAGAAUUUAAAACCUGAGACCAUCGAGUUCAGGAAAACUUGGGGAUUUCAAAGCCCAGCACCAAAGAAAGCGGGACCCACACUCGCCAGCUCUGUGAUCUUGGGCAAGUUGCUUGACUACUUAUACCUCCAUUUUCCUCAUCUGUAUAACAGCAAUACAAUAAUAAUGAGAUGGAGCUCAAGGGGCCAUGGUGAGGUUUGAACAUGAUCACUUGUGAGACAUGUUCAGCACUGUAUCUGACCCAUGGAAAAUUCAAGAUAAACAUCAGCUACUGAGAUGAUGGCGGAUAUUUGGAAUCCUAAAUCCUUGGAAUCUGGGGCUUUUCAAGGCAAAAGAUCCCAAAGGCUGAGGGCCUCAGAAGCAUCAGGCCAUGAUGUUCCUGAAACAAGAGGGUCAGGGUCGCAGUGGGCCUCUGGGCUUCUUCGUGAGGAUGGAUGCAUUAAUACUGGGGACCUGCUAGGGACCUUCCCAGCGGGACAGUGGCUGGGUCAGGGCACUCAAGCCCUAAAACGUGAUGAGGCGAGACUUUUCUCUCUUUCCUCAUUCAGUAACUAUCAGUAGAUUCUGGGAGCCAGGGAUUCUCCGACUCUUCGAUUCCAUGAAUUGUAGGGGAUGACGGUGGGCUCUCCACUUUCUCCUCCAUGAAGUAACUUACAUGCCCCUCACCCUCUGUGGGAGGGGUGUUGCAGGGGGUCCAGAACUCCCCUCGCUGGGUAGUUUGAGCAGUGGUGACCAUAUCAAUUUCAUCUAUGGGGAAACUGAGGCCUGGAGCAGGGCGAGGCCUCUGGGAACCCAGCCCUAUUCUGUCUCUUUCACUGGCAUUUCCCAUCCACACAUAGAGCUUCAGAUUCUCUCUUUCUUUCCCCAGAGACCCUCAGAUAUCUUCUCACUCACAGAACGGUGUCUCUGCCUGCCUCGGGUUGGCCCUGUGAUUUAUUUUAGUUCUUUUCCCUUGUUUUUUUUUUUUUUCAAACUCUACACACUUUUGUUUUAAAAACUGUGGUUUCUCAUGAGCCCUAUUAUCUCAUUGAUACCUCUCACCUCUGUGGUGAGGGGAAGAAAUCAUAUUUUCAGAUGACUCGUAAAGGGCAAAGAAAAAAACCCAAAAUUUCAAAAUUUCCGUUUAAGUCUCAUAAUCAAGAAAAGGAGAAACACAGAGAGAGAGAGAGAAAAAACUAUGAGAACCCCCCCACCCCGUGAUUAUCAGCGUACACACUCAUCGAAAAAAAAUUUGGAUUAUUAGAAGAGAGAGGUCUGCGGCUUCCACACCGUACAGCGUGGUUUUUCUUCUCGGUAUAAAAGCAAAGUUGUUUUUGAUACGUGACAGUUUCCCACAAGCCAGGCUGAUCCUUUUCUGUCAGUCCACUUCACCAAGCCUGCCCUUGGACAAGGACCCGAUGCCCAACCCCAGGCCAGGCAAGCCCUCGGCCCCUUCCUUGGCCCUUGGCCCAUCCCCAGGAGCCUCGCCUAGCUGGAGGGCUGCGCCCAAAGCCUCAGACCUGAUGGGGGCCCGGGGCCCUGGGGGAACCUUCCAGGGCCGAGAUCUUCGAGGCGGGGCUCAUGCCUCCUCUUCCUCCUUGAACCCUAUGCCACCAUCGCAGCUGCAGCUCUCAACGGUGGAUGCCCACGCCCGGACCCCUGUGCUGCAGGUGCACCCCCUGGAGAGCCCAGCCAUGAUCAGCCUCCCACCACCCACCACUGCCACUGGGGUCUUCUCCCUCAAGGCCCGGCCUGGCCUCCCACCUGGGAUCAACGUGGCCAGCCUGGAAUGGGUGUCCGGGGAGCCAGCACUGCUCUGCACCUUCCCAAAUCCCGGUGCACCCAGGAAGGACAGCACCCUUUCGGCCAUGCCCCAGAGCUCCUACCCACUGCUGGCAAAUGGUGUCUGCAAGUGGCCCGGAUGUGAGAAGGUCUUCGAAGAGCCAGAGGACUUCCUCAAGCACUGCCAAGCAGACCAUCUUCUGGAUGAGAAGGGCAGGGCACAAUGUCUCCUCCAGAGAGAGAUGGUACAGUCUCUGGAGCAGCAGCUGGUGCUGGAGAAGGAGAAGCUGAGUGCUAUGCAGGCCCACCUGGCUGGGAAAAUGGCACUGACCAAGGCUUCAUCUGUGGCAUCAUCUGACAAGGGCUCCUGCUGCAUUGUAGCUGCUGGCAGCCAAGGCAGUGCCGUCCCAGCCUGGUCUGGCCCCCGGGAGGCCCCCGACAGCCUGUUUGCUGUGCGGAGGCACCUGUGGGGUAGCCAUGGAAACAGCACAUUCCCAGAGUUCCUUCACAACAUGGACUACUUCAAGUUCCACAACAUGCGACCCCCUUUCACCUAUGCCACGCUCAUCCGCUGGGCCAUCCUGGAGGCUCCAGAGAAGCAGCGGACACUCAAUGAGAUCUACCACUGGUUCACACGCAUGUUCGCCUUCUUCAGAAACCAUCCUGCCACCUGGAAGGUGAGCUCCUCUGAGGUGGCGGUGGCUGGGAUGGCCUCAAGUGCCACCGCAGCUCAAAGUGGGCAGGCCUGGGGCUGGGCUUAUAGGCAUAUUGGGGAGGAAUGGGAUGUGGGUCGCUGGUGGUGGCUGCUGGCCUCAGAGGUUGACGCCCACCUGAUCCCUGUCCCCGGCCUUCCACAGAACGCCAUCCGCCACAACCUGAGCCUGCACAAGUGCUUUGUGCGGGUGGAGAGCGAGAAGGGGGCUGUGUGGACCGUGGAUGAGUUGGAGUUCCGCAAGAAACGGAGCCAGAGGCCAAGCAGGUGUUCCAACCCUACACCUGGUCCCUGACCUCAAGAACAAGGAAAGGAAGACGGACGAAUAGGGGCCAAACUGGUGGGAGGCAGAGGUGGUGGGGUCAGAGAUGACAGGCCCUGGAUGUGCCCACAGGGAACAAGAAGUGAGAUUUCCACUGUCUUGCCUGCCAGGGCCCCUGUUCCCCCGUUGGCAGCCAUCCCUCCCCCAUCAUAUCCUUUGCCCCAAGGCUGCUCAGAGGGGCCCCAUUCCUGGCCCCAGCCCCGACCUCCGCCCCAGACACACCCCCGAGUCGAGCCCUGCAGCCAAACAAGAGCCUUCACAACCAGCCACACACAGCCUGCCUCAGCUGCUCGCACAGAUGACUUCAGGGCUGGAAAAGUCACAUAGACACACAAAAUGUCACAAUCCUGUCCCUCACUCAACAUAAACCCCAAAACACAAAGAGCCUGCCUCAGUACACUCAAACAACCUCAAAGCUGCAUCAUCACACGAUCACACACAAGCACAGCCCUGACAACCCACAUCCCCCAAGGCGCACACCCACAGCCAGCCUCAGGACCCACAGGGGCACUGUCACACGGGUGUGCCCAGAGGCCUACACAAAAGCAUCAGUACCCUCAGGAUCUGAGGUCCCAACACAUGCUCACUCACACACAUGGCCUGUUAGAAUUCAUCUGCGUUACCUCAUGCAUGUGCACACGCACAGCCCCACAGUGGGUCUCUUGAGUCCCAUGCAGACACACACAGCCACACACACUGACUUGCCAAAAAUAUCCCGUUGUCUCCCCUGCCACUCACCUCACUCCCAUUCCCUGAGCCCUGAUCCAUGCCUCAGCUUAGACUGCAGAGGAACUACUCAUUUAUUUGGGAUUCAAGGCCCCCAACCCACAGUACCAUCCCCAAUAAACUGCAGCCGAGCUCCCCACA